AUGAAUAAAAUGGAAUCGACGCCCAUUCCGCAUUUGCGAAUUGUUCCAACUUCUGAAGCAACUGCAAAUCGCGACCACUUCUCCGUGCCAAGGCCGCUCAAUUUCAGAACUGAUAGCGACUUUGCCACGAGUUCUUCUUCUCGCCUCUUCUCUUCAGUUCUAAAUCAUAAAACUUCCAAUGGUGAAGAGGUCGUUUUGUUUGCGAUUCAUCCCCUUACCAUAAUUCGUCCCCUACGCCGACGUGUGUAUAAAAAAAUUAAUGAUGUACUGGAGUCUCUCAUAAAUAGCCUGCAGUCCAAAGGCUUAUCAAAAACUGUAAUAUUAUCGCGCCUACAAAAUACUCGUUGGUUCCUAAAAAUGUUUGAUUAUGAAGGCAUAGGCUCACUGAUUAACGUUUUUAAGACUUAUUUGUGUCAUUCGGACACGUUGGUGGUACCCUUGAUAUUUAAGGAGGUUUACGACGCGUACAGCUCUGAAAUGGACAGGACUUACUCAAAGGAAGUUCUCAGAAUUGGACUCAAUUCUGAUUUAGACAGCAGGAGGGCCUUCAUUAUGGGCGGAAUUGACUUCACCGAGGAAACGAUGCUUUCCACGUACAGGAACCCCUACGAAUCUCUCAACAACGAUCUGCCGACUUCCUCGAUUUGGAGAAUAUCGGGGACCAACAUCAGGAACUUUAAUCCCAUACCUACACUGGCGUCAACUCAGAGUAACGUUCAGUCGGUGGCCAACACGAACAGGGACUUUUUUCUGAAUGAGCAAAACGUAAGCGUGUUCACAGCAUUCCUUCCCAAGUUGAGGGGCAUACUGAGUAAGAAGAAGGAAGAAUUGAGCGAACUGAACAAACGGCUGGAGCAGGAGCGGAAGCUUACCAACGAGCAUCACAGGCUCCUCCUCACCAAUACCUACAAACAUGUUUACUCCGCGGUGGAGUUCGAGUUUAACGAGCUAGAGGAGUGCCUGCUCACGUUUGAGAACAUUUUCGACAUUAAAUAUUCUCAAUCGAAGUUUGCAAAGUCUCUCGACGAAUUGCACAAAAAUAUGAAUUUAAUCGACAGUUUUGUGAAGAAUAAAGUCCUUUAA